AUGGCAGACUUCACCGAUCAUCUCAAGCCCGCCUACGAUGGCACAGCAAAACUCCAGGCCGAGCGCGACGGCUCGGGCAUCAACGUUCGCCAACUCGCACAGCACCUUCUAGGCCGUGAUGGCUUUCUGGAGCGACAAGAUAAGGUACUCCGGGUUUUGAGCAAGGAGAAGCUUUUCAACAAGGAUCAGCAGCUGAAUCUUUCGCGCCCAGAGCGGUAUCAUCUAGGACUGGCGAGAGCAAAGGCCAUCCAGAGGUUGAUGCGACGAGAAGGAUGGGACCUUGAAGACUAUAAGAUGGCGGAAUACCUGACGGAUGAGAUGAGCCCAUAUCAUCUGCAUAUGAACAUGUUCGUCACAACGGUACGCGAGCAAGCCUCUGAAGAACAGCAGAAGUAUUGGAUGCCGAGAAUCCUCAGCCACGACAUCAUUGGCUGCUAUGCGCAAACUGAACUAGGCCAUGGGAGCAACGUACGAGGUCUGGAGACUGUCGCGAAGUGGGACCCAAUCAAGAAGGAAUUCGAAAUUCACAGUCCGACUUUGACGGCAAGCAAAUGGUGGAAUGGGUCGAUGGGGAGGACCGCCACGCACGCAAUUGUAGUCGCACAAUUGCUCUUGCCGAAACCACUAUCCCCGUCCGACAGAUCAAAAGUCUCCGAUCGGCAUGCUCAAGAGGUUGAAUAUACUUCGCACGGCCCACAAACUUUCGUUGUGCAAAUUCGGGACGCGAAGACGCAUCAACCUCUGCCGGGCAUUGCUGUAGGCGACAUCGGUCCGAAAUACGGGUAUGCGAGCAUGGAUAACGGGUACAUGCUAUUCGACCAUUUCCACGUACCCAAGUCGGCUAUGCUGAGCCGCUAUGCUGAGGUCUCCGACGAGACCGGCGCGUUCGUUCGGAAUGGCCAUCCGGCUGUUGUAUAUGGGAGUCUUACAUACGUACGCGGCCAGAUCAUAAUGCAUGCAAGGCUGGUCCUUGCACGUGCUGUCACUGUCGCCGUACGAUACUGUGCUUUACGGCGGCAAUUCAAGGACCGCGACUCCACUAAUGCUUCUGAUAGCGAAAUGAAGGUCCUUGAUUACCCCACAGUGCAGAUACGCGUCUUGCCGUUGCUCGCGACUACUUUCGCGUUGCAUUAUACUGGCGAGUACAUGUACAUGUUGUACCACAAGUCGCGAGAGAACAUCGAGAAGGGCGACUUUGGACCAUUAGCUGAGCUACAUAGUGCUAGUUCGGGGUUGAAGAGCCUGUGUACGAUGCUCGCUGCGGACGGUAUCGAGACUUGUCGGCGCGCGAUGGGCGGUCAUGGCUUCGGCGGUGGAAGCGGGCUAGUAGGGUUGAACGCCGACUAUCUUUCCAAGCCAACGGUUGAGGGUGAUAACUGGAUGAUUACGCAGCAAGUUGCGGCAUAUCUCAUCAAGAAGAUGGCGGACGCGGUCAAAGAUCCUGGCUCCACGCCCAAGGAUCCGACGGACAAGCUCUUCCAAUACUAUCUUCUAAACAAAGACCGUCACAUACCCCAAAACGUCUCGAAAGACGGUGUGGUAGACGACCAAAACAUAGUAGAGGUGUUCCAAUGGCGCGCAGCUGAUCUCUCUUAUCGUGCCUACCAAGCACGCGUCGUCGAAAAGCGACCUUGGACCCGUCUCAUGAUCCAACUCCACAACCUCAGCCGCGCAUAUUCGGAGCAGAUCCUCGUCACGAAUUUCUAUAAUAGCUUCAGCUCCGUUAGUCCGCCCACGUCAUCAGCACUGCGGACAUGCUUCCAGCUCUACGCGCUCUACACCGUCGACCAAUUCGCAUCCUCGUUUAUGAUGACGGCCGCCGUUCCGCAAGAGUCCGUGUUCACUCUGCAAGAUACGAUUGUAGAUCUCAUGGCUGAGUUGAGACCGCAUGCUGUGAAGCUCGUUGACGCUUGGUCGAUACCAGAUUGGUUGCUUAAUAGCGCGUUGGGCAGGUAUGAUGGCAAAGUGUAUGAGGAGUUAUUCGAUAUGGCGCAUCGGAGAAAUCCGCUCAACGAGGUGACGUUCAAUCCGGACUGGCGUAGCGAGGAGAUUGUAUUGGGGAGUGGGGACGGAGGCGAUGUGACGAAAUACACAUCUCGGCCCGAGUCGUCACUAUCAUCGACAUCAAGCGCUGCAGGCGAAAACCCCCUUUCCACUGCCGGCACCGGUGAAGGAAAAAUUCUCAUCCUCAAGUCCAAAGCUUGCUGGAUCGUCAUAACCCCAAGUUCUGUAGCCGUUGUGAACAACAUGGCAUUUUUCCCUGCUAGGCGACCGUUGAAACAUUGGCAUCGCGUGUUUUUGAAGUCCGGGAGAGCAUCGGGAGUUGUCUGUCGGCGCCAUUCAGAAGCUCCGGAUGUGGGCGGCCUGCAUCGACCCUGCAGACUGCAUACUAAGACUGGAGACCAGGACAGAUAA